AUGUUCGACGAAGUGCUGGGCUCACAAAUUGAGCCUAGCACUGUCGUCUUCGGUGCUGGGAUCAUAGCGUGCGAAUCCACUGGGCAGUGGCAGCAGGCUUUGGCUUUGCUCCGUGAUCUGGACAAGGCGAUGCUGGAGCGGGACAUGAUUUGUUGUAAUGGGGCGAUCAGCGCUUGUGGGGAAGCUGGGCAAUGGCAGCAGGCGCUGCUUUUGCUCAGCGGCUUGCAGGAGGCGGCGAUGGAGCCCAACACUGUCAGCUGCAAUGCUGUCGUGGCCGCGUGUGGGAAAUUCGGGAAUCGGCGGCAUGCAUUGACAUUGCUCUCCGAGGCGGGGGAGGCGAAGCCGGAGCCAGAUGCAUUCAGCUACACCGCUGGAAUCGCUGCGUCCUCGGAUGGUCAAUGGCAGGUGGCACUGUCUUUGUUCAGACAAUUCGAGGAGGCGGUCUUGGAACCAAACAUUGCGAGCUUCAUUUUAUCAGCCAGCGCCUGCGAGAAGUGCGGGCAAUGGCAGCGAGCGCUGCUGCUGCUCCUCGAGAUGCGGAGCGCUGAGCUGGAGUCCGAUGCCAACGCCUACAACCUAGCGGCGAUGGUGUGCGAGAAGAACGGGCAGGCCCGACAGGCGCUGCGGCUGCUCCGAGAGCAGCGGGAGGCGGCGCUGGACCCCGACGAGAUCGGCUACAGCAGCGCGAUACGCGCGUGCGGGCUGGGCCACUUCGUUCAUGCGCAGUGCCGCUGUAGCGAUGACCUCGAUGAGUGUGCCCUGCGCACCAUCAGGACAGGCUUCGGGCACAUCAGGCUGCGAGCACGCUGUGCGGCGAGCGACCGCAAUA